AUGAAAUCAAAACGAGUUGUUUGAACUGCAGAAUGUUUAGACCACUCGCGUCUGUUUUCAUCAUUCUACUUUUUACUCUUUCCCCGGGUUAUGGGAAAUUCGAAUACUUGCAACUUGUUUUAACGUGGCCGGCAACUUUUUGCCACACAAGACACUGCUUCAAAAUUCCGAAUAACUUUACAAUUCACGGGCUUUGGCCGGAUAACAAGAGCGCGCGGCUGAAUUUCUGCAGUACUUAUCCUCUGUUUAAUAAGAUCACGGAUGAUGUUAAAAAAGACGCUCUGGAAUACAACUGGCCUAACUUGACAACAACCGAAUUUGUAUCAAAAAAAUAUCAAAUUUUUUGGGGGAAAGAAUACAAUAAGCAUGGAACGUGUUGUUUAGAUCUCUUUAAUCAAGAUCAAUAUUUUGAUUUAGCCAUUGAGUUAAAAGACAUGUUUGAUCUUUUGAAAAUUCUGGGAAUGAAUGGUAUUACUCCUGGAACAAGCCAUCUUACGUCUCCCAAAAUCCAAACUGCUAUCAAGUCCGUUACUAAAGGGAUUCCAAACCUCAUCUGCUCGGAUUCUUUUCAAGGAACAACGGAACUAUGGCAGAUAGCCAUAUGUUUCGACCGAAAAAUCGCUGUGAUGGAUUGUCCUCGACCAAAGAUAUGCACUCCAAAAGGACCUAAGGGAAUCACGUUUCCCUGAUGAAUAACUUCCAAUUGUUUUCAGCUUUUCCUGUUUAUGGAAAGUAUAAUAUAAAGAGAACUAUUAUGAUAAUCAAGAACUUUAAUCAUAGAUAAUUUCAAGGACGAUUACAUUGAAGAAGCGCCGGGGAGUAAAUCUCUUAUGAAUUAAUGAAACACAUUAGUGAAUUGGCAUACUC